CCGUUUUGCCCGAUCAUGAUACUCUCACUCAAUUCCUGGUUCUCCAACCAUGUGCUCUUGACCCUUCUUUUCCGUAUUAAACCAUUCCACGAACAUACUCCCUUCUGGUUGAAGAUUGCAGAGUUCACUUUAGCCCCACUUGCAAUGGAGGACAGUGACCAUGAAAUGCCGUCGUCAUCAGACGAGCGGGACUCCUAUCCCGUCCCCCCACAUCCAAGUGGGGAACUUGAUGUGGACCAGCGUUCCAGCCACUCCGAUGACUCCGAGGUGGAGAACAUUUUGCAAGAGCCCUGCUGUCAUGUAGAACAUGAGCACCUUGAGCAUGAGCGUGACCACAGUCCACAGCAGCUCCAUCAUGGCCAAGAGGCUCAUGAUGCAGACGGGGAAGCUGAGGGCCAAGAGCGCCCUCACACCCCGUCCGGUUUGCGCCCCCUUGUGGCGGGAAGGGCCCAGUUGGAGUCAGGUUGCGAGCCCAGUUUACCGCCAAGCGUGGACUUUGACUUGCCCUUUCCCAUCAGUCCCUCCCGACCCAAAAGUCCGUGGGCCCGUUUUGACCCUUACAGCAAUAAUGAGGAUCAGGACAAGGAAUAUGUAGGUUUUGCAACACUCCCCAACCAAGUGCACCGCAAGUCGGUCAAGAAAGGAUUUGACUUUACACUCAUGGUGGCAGGCGAGUCUGGCCUGGGAAAAUCCACCCUGGUCAACAGUCUCUUCCUCACAGAUCUUUACAAAGACAGGAGACUGCUCAAUGCUGAAGAACGGAUCAUGCAAACGGUGGAAAUCACCAAGCACACUGUUGAUAUUGAAGAAAAAGGAGUCAAGCUGAAGCUGACUAUUGUAGACACGCCCGGCUUUGGCGAUGCUGUUAACAACACGGAAUGCUGGAAGCCAGUGGCAGACUACAUCGACCAGCAGUUCGAGCAAUACUUUAGGGAUGAGAGUGGCCUCAACCGCAAAAACAUCCAAGACAACCGAGUGCACUGCUGCCUCUACUUCAUCUCCCCCUUCGGCCACGGCCUUCGGCCGCUGGAUGUGGAAUUUAUGAAAGCCCUGCACGAGAAAGUUAAUAUUGUUCCAGUGUUGGCCAAAGCAGACACGCUCACCCCGAGUGAGGUCAAGAAGAAAAAAAUAAAGAUUAGAGAAGAGAUCGAGCUAUAUGGUAUUAAGAUAUACCAGUUCCCCGACUGCGACUCUGAUGAAGAUGACGACUUCAAGCAGCAAGAUCAAGAGUUGAAGGACAGCAUUCCAUUUGCCGUAAUCGGCAGCAACACAGUGGUGGAAGCCAAAGGCAAGCGGGUGCGAGGUCGUCUGUACCCUUGGGGGAUCGUCGAAGUUGAGAACUCGGCACACUGUGACUUUGUGAAGUUGAGGAACAUGCUGGUUCGAAGUCACAUGCAGGACCUGAAAGACGUGACCCGGGAGACCCACUACGAGAACUACCGAGCCCACUGCAUCCAGAAUAUGACUCGCAUGGUUGUGAAGGAGCGCAACCGCAAUAAGCUAACCAGAGAGAGCGGCACCGACUUCCCCAUCCCAGCAGUGGGCGACGUCACUGACAAUCAGACGGAAAAGCUGAUUCGGGAAAAAGACGAAGAGUUGCGGCGCAUGCAAGAGAUGCUGCAGAGGAUUCAGAACCAAAUGCACACCAGGAAGGACGCCUACUGACAUGCUGCGUCGCCCGCCUCCCAUCCCAACCUCAUCAACCUCAUCAGUGCCCGUCAUGAACUCGGCAGGAUGAAGCAAGAAUGCUCCACUUUGUAAAAUAUCAUUGAGUAAAACCAACAAACAAGAGACACUUGUUCAGAAAUUUAAAUUAAUCAAUUUCUCUUGAAACUGUCAAACAUUUUUUUGGAUAUGUUUUUUUUUUUUCUACUUUGGUGCAGGUUAUUUUUAUUUGUUAUUAUUACUAUAAGUCAACAUAAAUAUAUCAAAUGUCUUUUCUUUAUUCAACACCGAAAAAUAUUUUUUUCUAAAGAUUAUCUCGUGAAAACUAUUUUGCAACAUUGUUGUUUAACCUGCUUUGUAUGAGUUGAAUGAAUGGAAAUUGUCGAAUUUGAUUUCAAGUUGAAAUUGCCACCGUGUUUUGUUAGUGGCAACACUUAAACGUGCACCUCACUAAAUUUUAUUGGAGACGCAUUUAUUUCAGCAUUUUUAUUCAAAAGGUGGUAGUGAAUUUGCAAACGGCUAAAAUCCUAACUACAUACAUACGUACAGACACACUGAAGCAAUUUUGCAUUGAAGCAAUAUCUAAUACAGUCAUGGUUAAUUAUGGACUUUGGAAUUUAAAUUUCUAGCUCACGUUUUAUGACAAAUACUAACGUUGUCAUUUGAAGUUCAUUAUCUUCGUGCAUUAUAUUAUUAAUAUAUUUAAUGCUAGUACUCUGAACAAUGUGAUUACAAACCUCAUGUUGUUGUAAUUCAGCACAACGUCCUGUUGUCCUCCACCCUUUAUUCUUUGGCAAUAUUUACUUUUGUGUCACAUAUUGUCGUAGUUAAUUUUUUAUUUCAUGCUUCAAGUAUAUUUAUGUUAUAAUGUAUAAAUGCAAAUUGAAAGACCGGGGAAAAUAUGCAAAAA